UGUAUGGAUUGGGGUUAAUUACCCUUGUGAAAGCUUGCACUAAUCCUUUGUAAUGUUGCUUUUACGAAUGAAUUUAGUUUUUUUUUUUUUUUAAAAAAAAAGAAAAAAAGAAAGAAAGAAAUUGGCUCUUUCAGCGGUUGCGUUGGGCAUUGUCACUCACUGUGUCUGGUCUCCAUCAUUCUCCAAUGGCGAGAAAGCGAAAAUCUAUCCCCAAGGAAGCUCCUUCUUCUGUAGAGACCAAACCCCUUCUAAACCCCAUGGCCACCAAAGACCCUCAGUUGGACUGGCAACAAUCAUCAUCUUCCUCCUCUUCAGAAGAAGAACAAGUUGAGAAGCAGCAAGUCCAAGCAACGGACUCUUCCUCCGACGAUGGUGAUGAAGAAGAUUCAGAAUCAGAUGAAGCUUCUAAGCGAGACGCCCUGAAGAAUCUUCUUGAACCAUUCAGCAAAGACCAACUCAUCAACAUCCUUAAAGAAGUCGCCGUAUCAAACUCCUCAAUCGUCUCCGGUAUCGUCAAGUCCGUCGAGUCCGACCCUAUUCACCGUAAGAUUUUUGUCCACGGCCUCACAUGGGACACCACCACCGAAACCCUACUCUCCGCCUUCAAGCAAUACGGCGCCGUCGAGGAUUGCAACGUCGUCACCGACAAGGUCACCGGAAGAUCGAAGGGAUACGGCUUCCUCCUCUUCAAGACACGCGCCGGAGCACGUAAAGCCCUAAAGCAGCCUCAGAAAAAGAUCGGCAACCGAAUUGCUUCGUGCCAGCUCGCCAUCGCGGGAACCCUGCAAGGUCAGUCCACUCCUGCUGCCGCCUCGGCGUCGGCUUCGUCAUCAGAGAGCCGUAGAAUCUACGUGUCGAAUGUUGGGCCACACAUUAGCCCCGAGAGGCUCAGGGCAUUUUUUGAAGCAUAUGGGGAGAUUGAGGAUGGUCCAUGGGGGAUUGACAAGGCCACCGGGAAGUUUAAAGGGUUUGCUAUGUUUGUUUACAGGAGCUUGGAGGGUAUGAAGAAAGCCUUAGAAGAACCGCUUAAGGUUUUUGAAGGGUUUAAGUUGAGGUGUUCUGUGGCAACGGAAGGCCGUGCCACCAAGAACUUAGCUCCUGCAAUGCCGGUUUCAGGGGCAGGUGAGACAUUGGCUCCUAAUAAUGUUGCUAUGCCAGCUUUGAAAGUUGGGUUGGUUCCCCAAAAUAUGAAUCCGGGUGCUAUUCUUAUGAGCCAGAAUCCUGCUCUUGGGGUUAUGAAUCAAGUUUUGGGGAUGGGGUUGGCUCCAUCAUUUGCUGGUGGAGUUCCACAUACCUUGAAUGGGGUUGGAGCUGCUCCUACUAUAGGAAUCAAUGGUGGGUUUGGUGUGGCACAGCCUAAUUUUAAUGGUAUGAACUCAAAUAUGGUUAGUGGUUACGGCUCCCAAGCUGCUUUACAAGGAUUUGGCGCUUAUCAGAAUGCUCAGUUGGCUCAACCUUCUGCGUUUGCAGCUCCCAUAGCAAAGUCUCAACCUGGUGCUGGUUCAGUUGGAGCCACAACCUCGUACAUACGACGCUAGACAUUGUUGUAUAUAAGUCUGAAGUAUUGCAAAUCUUACUUUCCUUCACAUAAGUAACAAAGUAUCUUUCUUUUGUUCCAAGACAUUCUGAGACUCGAGUUCAGUGGCAUGUGUUAUAGAGUGUACUAAUGUAAGAGUCUUACAACUAAUCUACCACCUAGUAAUAGCACUAUUACAUUUGAAACAGUACAGUAUUGAAUUCAGUAUGUUGAGAUCAUAUGAGGAUUUUAGGUGUUUAAUAGUGCCAUUUUGACUGUUGAUGAGUUGUUAAUCUUUAAAGCAGCAUUAUUUAACUUUGUUUUUGGAUUAUUUCUUUGCUUUUGACAGUUUUGAUUGGAAUGGAAUGGAAAAGAAUCCAUUGUUUGGCUGAAUUUUAAAGUUUUGUAAUAAUAUUCCUUCAAAAAAAUGAUGAAAAAUGAAGUUAUCAAAA